AUGACACAUAAACCAUCUCAUAACCCAGCCCUUUUUGAUUAAUAUAUUUAAUACGACGGUCCUGAGGGAGAAGGAUUUCGAAUUGCCCAAUCUGCCAAUUCUACUGAUAUAUAUAUUGUUGAUGAUUAUGGUGGUUGGGUUGAUAAAGAAUUAAAUUAUUAUGAUAGAGAUGGAGAACCUGCAGGAUAUUUUGAUCAAGAUUAUAACUUUUAUGAUAUGCAAGGUUGUAGAAUUCCUGGAGGUUAUAAAGGUGGCAAAUCUAUUGAAAGAGAAAUCAAAAAAAAACAAAAAUACCUUGAUAGUGUUCCAGAUAACUCUAAAUAAAAAUUUGGUAUUUCUCUAGACAUAUUUCUAGUUGUUGAAAUCUAAAAUCUGCCUUCUAACACUGUACCCAUCUAAAUUAUCAAUUAUAUUCUUGAGAGAUGUGAUUUGAUAUAGGCACAAAUUGAAGAAUGUAAAAAAGUAUAGAAAUAACCUACCAAAGGUUAUGUUGUUGUUACUGGAGCAGACAAAGUUUAGAAAUUAUUAAUUUUAGAAGGUAGAAAAUUUAGAUUGUAAGAAAAAGUAUCAAUAUUCCAAAAAUAUUAGGAUGGUAAAUAUUAAAGUAAUGAAAUUCAAAUAUUUGUCAGAGAAGCCAAAUUUAAUAAUGGAAAACAAUUUUCAAACAAUAAUAACAAUUCUAAAAAUAAUUAAUAAGAAUAAGUAGAAUAAGAAGAUGAUGGAUAUAAAAUUGCUUUUGAAAAUCUAGAUUCUAAAAAAAACAACCAAGAAUUCCUCAACUGGAUUGUUAGUCAAACUAAUUGUGAACCAGAUGAAAUCGAACUUAAAAGACCUAACUCAAAACCUUCAGGAUAACUCCUCUUAUAAAAUGAAAAUCUUAUGUACUUAAUUUUGAAAUAAAAUGGAAGGCAAUUUGGCGAUUCACGUAUUACUUUUAAACAAAGUAUUUUUCUCAUUCAUCUUUUAGUAUCUAAAUAAUGAAAUUCUGAAGAAUCAACAAACAUGUGCACGUGUGAUAUAUAUUAC